AUGGCUGCCUGCAGCACCCGUAACAUCAGAGCGCUGGUGGCCACUGUGUGUGGGCUGCUGACGGUCAUCAUUUUGGGACUAGCCAUCUGGAGGACAGUGAUAAGGAUCCAGAAAGGAACAUUUUAUCAGCCAUCAAGCACCCCUGUAGAAUUCUGCAGGAAUGGUGGAACCUGGGCAAAUGGCAGGUGCAUUUGUACAGAAGAGUGGAAAGGGCUGAGGUGUACAAUUGCUAAUUUCUGUGAAAAUAGUACCUAUAUGGGAUUUACUUUUAAUAGAAUUCCAGUGGGCAGAUAUGGACCUUCUCUGCAAACAUGUGACAGGGACACUAUAAAUGCUGGACAUCCAUUAGCCAUCAGACUGUGCAGUCUGUCUCUCUAUGGAGAGAUAGAACUACAAAAUGUGAUAAUAGGCAGCUGUGAGGAGAAUCUGCACACCCUGGAAAUGCAGAUAGAUAAUAUUACAGAAAACUCUAGGAAUAUUUCAAUGGAAGCCCAGAUUUUGACAUCUGAUGCCAAUAGGCUGACUCCUGAGAAUAUCACUUCAGCUACUAAGGUGGUUGGACAGAUCUUCAAUGAAUCCAGAAAUGCUGACACUGAGGCAAAAAAAAUUGCUGUGACAACAGUGAGUCAACUUCUCUAUGCCAGUGAAAAUGUUUUUCAAGAAGCUGCUGCUACUGAUGAUGAGGAUGCUUUUGCAACGCUUAUUGAACAAAUGGAGAGUUAUUCCUUGAGUUUGGGCAAUGACUCAGUUGUGGAACCUAAUAUAGCAGUACAAUCUGUUCAUCUGACAGACACAUCUACAAGCGUUCGCUUCUCUGUAUGGAAAGGAACAAGUGAUUCUCUAGUUUCUGGUUCAACAAUUGUAGAAACAAACGUGGACAGCCUUAAUCCAGAUGGAAAAACUGAACUCCAGAUCUUAGUCAAUACCAACACAAAUAACACUGCAUGUGGCUUUGUUGUAUACCAAAACAACAAGCUUUUUCAAUCAAAAAUUUUCACAAGUAGGUCACAUUUUAGUCAAAAAAUUAUCUCAAGCAAAGUGGAUGGAAAUGAGCAAGAUCUGAGUGCUUCUGUUAAAAUGGUCUUUAGUCCAGAGUAUAACCAAAAAGAGUUUCAAUUCAAUUCCUAUGCCUGUGUCUACUGGAAUUUUUUAAGAAAAGAUUGGGACACAUAUGGCUGUCACAAAGACAGGACCACUGAUGGAUUCCUGGGCUGCCACUGCAACCAUACUACGAAUUUCGCUGUAUUAAUGACUUUCAAAAAGAAUUAUCAGUAUCCUGAGUCUUUAGAUGUAUUAUCCAAUGUUGGGUGUGCACUAUCUAUUGCUGGACUGGCUCUCACAAGCAUAUUUCAGAUUGUCACCCGGAAAGUCAGAAAAAUCUCAGUAACCUGGGUGUUGGUCAAUCUGUGUACAUCAAUGCUGAUUUUCAACCUUCUUUUUGUGUUUGGAAUUGAAAACUCCAAUAAGGACUUGUCGACAAGUGAUCGUGACAUAAAUGUUGACUUUGAUAAUAAUGAAAUGCCCACAGCAGACAUCAUUGACAUCCCGAAUUCCGCAUGCACUGCAACUGCUGCCUUUCUGCAUUACUUCUUGUUAGUGACCUUUAUGUGGAAUGGACUCAGUGCCAUACAGCUCUAUUUCCUUCUAAUUAGGACCAUGAAGCCUCUUCCUCAACAUUUCAUCCUUCUUCUCACCUUAGUAGGAUGGGGAGUCCCAGGUAUAAUAGUGGGUGUCACCCUGGGAGUUGUUUAUUCUAAGAAUGGGAAAGAGUCACACUGGGAAUUAGACUAUCGGCAAGAGGAAAUCACAAAAAAGACUUCAACUCUAAAGAAAAUUCUUAGCACAUUAUCCAUUGCAGUCAUUUUUGGCAUUACCUGGAUAUUUGCAUACUUUAUGCUAAUUAAUAAUGAUGACUUCAGAAAUGUCUUCAGCUACAUAUUCUGCCUUUUCAACACUACUCAGGGUCUGCAGAUUUUUAUUCUCCACACUAUUAGAACAAAAAUCUUCCAGACUGAAGUUUCCAAAGUGUUGAAGUCACUGUCGUCAUCUGUUGGAAAAAUGAAGCCACGGUCUCCAUGGAUCCCUCCUAGGAUGCGUUUAAGGAUGUACUCUUUGCUUAGAUCCUUUCCAUCCCUACAGGAACACUUUAGGCUCCUGGAACCAUCUGCCAUGACGGAGGAAAGGACAUUGACUAAAAGUGACAAAGAAAACUCAAGCAUCUAG